GUCACUCAGAUCUUAUCUAUGUGAACAAGGACAAGCUCGAGGCUCAGCACAAAGGGGAACUUGAUGGAAAAGAGAGACAAAUUGCAGCACUCCACACUGAAAUAGAAAGACUUCAGCUACAAAUUAAGCAAAAAGACAAGGCCCACGCUGAGCUGAAGGGAACAAUUAAAAAGGAAAGAGCUGAACACAUAUCGCAGACUGAAAAGCACAAUGAUGAAGUUGAAGCUCUAAAAACAGAAUUAUCCAAGACCGAUGCGGAUUUACAACAGAGUAAAGAAGAAUGUGAGAAAGUGUACAAGAGACUACAAGAAAAACAGGAGGCAUACGAUGCUCUAGUGGGUGAUCCAAGGUCACACUCUCCAGACUGGGUGGACAAUACAGAGCAAGUCCAACAUGGAGAUUCUGAGGAGGGAAUGUGCCAAUUUUCAACUCAGUCCUGUUGUGAUGAGAGUCAGCUUCGUCUUCUUCCAUGCCUUCAUUCUGCAUGCAAGCCAUGCCUUGAUCACCAAGCUACACAGGCCGAAGAGAACUGCAUACACUGUCCUUCCUGUGGUCGUGAGUUCACCAUGGAGCAGACAACAGUAGAUCAUGUCAGACGCAAUGAAGCUGCCUAUAAAGUCAACGCUGAUGGUGAGAUGAAAUGCAGCUACAUCGAAGGGAAUCAUGAUGCUAAGGCUGUGGUGUACUGUCACGAGUGUGAUGAGAAGCUCUGCUCUGACUGCCAUAAACACCACGACACGCCGAAACGGAAUCGAAAUCACAGAGUAACUGAGAUCAACCAGGCCGAGAAUAUCCCUAUGAAUCAGUGGCUGAAGGACCGUAACUGCAGAGACCACCCUGACAACAAACUGCAGCUAUAUGACCACACGUGUAAGAAGGCAAUCUGUCUUAUAUGUAAACAUGGGGCCCACGAGAUGCACCAGAAUGAAGAUUUUUUAUCAGGCCUAUGACGCUGCAAAGGAUCAGCUGGAGGAACAAGUGCAGAAGCAACAACUUAAACUGAAAGAUGUCACUGGCAGAAUGGGAAGUGUCACCAGACACCAAAAUGAACUGGGUAAUACUCAGAGAAAGCUGCAAGAAGAUGCCGCUACAGUUUGCACUAGUGUUGCUGUAAGGUUCCUUCGUCGACAGAGACAACUGAUGAAGGAGAUUCUAAUGAGUCUACAGGCCCCUUUUGUAAUGGUUCAAGAGAAACUUGACACUUUACAUGGCGUCCAUACUUCAAUAGUAUCGGCGAUAGACUACACCCAGAGAACACUUGAAUCUACAAGACGAGAGGAGCUCAUUACUCUCACCGAUGUACUGCAGACGAAAUGUGAUGAAAAUCAGAAGCUGGAACUUCCAGAAGAUGACACACAAGACACGAGAAUCCUUCUUUCCUUUCAAGGCCAGAGAGCUCUGGAGGAACUUAUCGACACAUUUGGUGGUCUCGCCUCCAGUCUCAACAUGGAUCAUAUUCCAGAUUCUCAACCUACUUCACAAGAUCUGCUGGCGACGAUAAGGAGAGAACGAGAAACCAUCACGAUGCAUGAAGGGCGGUGGCAACAGCUUCAACAGAUGAUACAUCGCAUCCCAGAACUCAAAGGAUCAGACAGCAGAAUGGCGAGAUCACAGGAACCUGAACAGCUAACAUCACAAGAAGUGCAUGGCAUUGUCACAAAUCUCAUAACCGGAGCAUUCAUCCCCGGUGAGACAAUUCCACGUGGUAUUACGUUGCAAGGCUAUGCCACAUUGCACGUCAUAAGACAGGACCGCAGUGUUAAUUUCAUCAUCUGUCCUAAACUCCAACUGGACGCUGGUCGAGCCAACACAGACUACUGCCAUGUUACUACAGACGGUGAGCUGGCCAACUCGCCGCCCGCCACACAACACACGGACAGUGGCAGACUACAGGAAUUGAGGGGCACGUGUAGCUCCACCCCCAUCCCCCUUCCUCCAUCCCCCUCUAGUGUCACCCCUGUCCCCCACACAACACGAUACUGGGAGACCAACACCAGGGUGGGUGUGGUGGGUUAUGGGUGGGGGUGGUGGCCUGUCCUGGAGGUGGGUGUGGGGGAGGAGAGCCAGGUAGACAGUGAGGGGUAUGUUUGUUACCAGCGCCGCUCCUUGUGUGUCAGUGUAUGGAGCUGUGUCACACACCGGGGGAGUCUCUGUACCAGGGUGUAUCUGGCGGGGGAGGAGGGGAAGUGUUACAGAAACACAAUGUCUGACACACCCGGCACACAGGCCACCCUCCACUAUGGCGUUGUGUUGGAUGUCGGGAGGGGUAGAAUAGGAUUUAUUGACGUAGACAGGUCGGUUGUUUUAGGGAAAGUUGAUGUGAAGUUCAAGGAGGAUCUUCUCCCUGUGUUUGCUGUAGAUCCGUCAGAUUACUUCACAGUAAACAUGAAGGUGGUCAGUGGGGAGGAGAUCCUCAUGUCUGACAUCAAGAAAUCACUCAUUAAUGAAGUCCUGGCCUAAGAAAUAAACUAAACAUGACCCAGUGUAAACUUGUAAAUAUCACACAUCAACUUUAUCAGACAAAUUCAAUACAACAGAACUGAAAGAAGCGGACAUAGAAGUUACCUGUUCAUGUGUUGUAUGUUGUGUACAACAAUGUGACAAGGUUAGCUAAAUAUGUCGGUUUUCUACAUGACAGUUUUCAUUUGUGUACUAGCAGCAUUUUACAUCCACACAAGAGUAUUGUUAUGAUUAUUAUUAUGUAAUAACUGAUCAGUUUAUGAAACAUUUCAUACAUUUCUGGGACAUAUCACAACUAACAACUGAGUUGAUGAUUGAGUAAAAGUUGUUUCAAAUCAUGAAUAUCUUGACAUAUUUUGUUUCUACUCUGUGAAAUAAAUAAUUUAAAUACCCAUAUGUAGAGGCUAGAGAUUGAAAUAUAAUAUUUGUAGCUGUAAAAUAGACAUGUUGAUGUCAGUUCAGUUAGACAAUGAAAGUGAUUGAAGCGGACAUAUAAUGUCCCAGUUUAAAUGUGCCAUGGUACUUGUGUCAGGAGAGAAAUGUAGCUACUAAACUGUCUGUCUCGUUAUUCUAUCAGUCCUGUUGUGUUUGUAAAUAAUUUAAAUUCCCCACAGAGGGUUUGCUAUGUGUUUUUUUUCUUGGUCAAUUUAUCCCGAUGUACAUUUAUUUGUGUGUAUAAAAUUGAAAGUUGAAUUGUGUGUGAGUUACUGUCGUCAAACACUGGGUCUACCUCUGACAAAGGGGUGUGUAGAGAUGGAUGUGCCACUCUUAGAGUUCCACACCAAUUUUAAUACCAGGCUUUAUUUUUGGUCAGUAUGACAUGGGUUGACCUUAUACAACACCUACCGUCUAUCCCCGUUGUGUUGGACUCAGAUCUGCCUACUCCUCCAUUAAAUUACAAGACUUAAUCAGGGGAUAAAUUAUCACCAGAAUCCCGCUUUUGAGAACUGUUUGUAUUCAACAUAGACUUGUUGACUUACCUGAUAAAUGUAUGUUUUGACUUUCUAUGUUUCUUAUUGUAUGUACAUGAUGACAUGUCUGAUGUUCAUUGUGUAAGAUAUGUUAGGUAUUGGCUUAUGUUAUUUUAUAUACAUUGGAAUAAAUACUGGCAUCAAUGCUGACCGAUUUUGCUGUUUACCGUGUACAGAAAACUGCCCACCUGAACAAUUCUGUUGUAUACUUGCUUUAUCGAUUAGGUUUUGGUGUUGUCUGAAUUAUGUAAACUAGGUGAUUCAAAUAUAUUUUAUUCAAGUCCGCCGAGAAAGUAGAAAUACUGUUCUCUCUAGGAUAGUAGUGAUCUUUAGAUUCUUUUUUAGUGUGAUUUUACAAAUAUCAAAACAUCUAGGCGGACCUAAGAGAAAUAUAUUCUACGUUUCGCUUUAUCGAUUUAGUUGUGCUAUUGUCAUUCUUUUGCUAUUGCCAGUCUGUAGGUGACCCGAAAGUGAAACUGUUGAGAGGUUCAAUAACAGUUCUUUCUGGGACUACGUAGGAUCUAUAUAUUUCAUUUGAUUGUCAUGUAUAUAUCUAAACAAAAUCUAAAUUUACCUGUGAAAAUAUAUGCUCUAUUUAACAUAGAGUUUCAAUGUAGACGGUUGUUAAGGAAGUUUUGGGGUGGUAGUAAUAAUCGAGAUGUAGUUAGUUCGAAGCAGUUUUACCACUCACAUUCAUGAAUGAGUUUUCUAUAAUCACAAUGAUGCUAUUGAGGAUGAAGUCCAUGUCGUGUAUCACGAAAUGAGGAUUAAUUAAUGACACUUUAAACAUGGUCAUUAAUAGUCACUUAAGACGUUUCCGCAUAUCUCCAGAUGUUAAUAAAAUGGCAAAUUGUAAACUGUUCUGUAACGGGUAUUUUCUUACUGUAUGUUACUGUAACUGCCACUUCCAUUCCCUAUGCAAGCUGGACACAAACAAACUUUGUACCAUGGGUCUUGAGGCCUUUAUACAAAAUAAAACACCGUCUGUCUGUC